UUUGCACUUCGCUUUGUCUUUAAAUGUUGCUUUACAAAGACAAACUUGUUCUUGCUACGUUCUUUUGGAAGCAGUAAUUUUAAAUGUUAUGGUAUUCUUUUCCAUCCUUUGCAAGAAAUGUCUGGGAUUGAUAAAUGGUUAAUCUUCAGUAUUUUAGAACCAGAAUUUAUUUCAAGCAUAAAACUUGCUUGCGUGUUUGGAAGUUCUGGAAAUGAAGCUCUUAUUAUAAAUAAAGAUGAUGACGUUUAUGCUUUAGGCUCUAACUGCAGUGGUUGUUUAGGUUUAGGUGAUUCUCAUGGAAGUUUAGAACCCAGAAAAGUGGAAAGCUUGUGCAAGAAAAGCAUUCAGAGUUUUGCUUAUGGCAGUGGUCCUCAUGUGUUGGCGAUUGCUGAAGGUGGAGAACUUUAUAGUUGGGGUCACAAUGGAUAUUGUCAACUUGGGAAUGGUGGAACGAAUCAAGGUCUUAGUCCUUGCCUUAUCAAUACAAAUCUGAUUGGGAGAAAAGUCAUUGAAGUUGCUUGUGGGAGCCAUCAUUCAAUGGCUUUGACUUCUGAGGGUGAAGUAUAUUCUUGGGGUCAAAAUAACUGUGGUCAAGUUGGUCUUGGGACUACAACAAAUCAGCCUACUCCUCGAAAAGUCACUGCUGGAAUUGGAUCUAGAAGGUGCAUUUCUAUUGCUUGUGGACAAACUUCUUCCAUGGCAGUUUUGGAUAAUGGAGAAGUGUAUGGUUGGGGUUAUAAUGGAAAUGGACAGCUUGGAAUAGGAAAUAAUGCAAAUCAAGCAAAUCCAUAUCGUGUGUCCAAUCUUCAAGGAACUGUUAUUCAAAAAAUAGUUUGUGGCUAUGCUCAUACAAUGGCUUUGUCCGAUGAAGGUAUAUUGUAUGCAUGGGGUGCUAAUUCCUAUGGUCAACUUGGCACAGGUAACAAAGCAAAUCAAGUAUUGCCUGUUAAAAUUGCUUUUGAGAUAGGAAGAGUUGUUGAAAUUGCUGCUUCACACUACAACCACAUAUCUGCUGCUUUAACACAGACAUCAAAAGUUUAUAUGUGGGGCCAAUGUCGUGGACAAGCUGUAACAUCACCAGCUGAAACACCUUUUCAUUCCUUACAUGAUGUCUUCACAUGUUUUGCAUCUCCUGCUGUGACUUGGAGACCUAUGGAUUUAGAUGUUGUCUUAACUAAUAGAGUGGCUGAUAGUUUAAGACAAGCUUUUGAUGAAGAAGAAACAAGUGAUUUGAAAUUUAACGUUGAUGGAAAACUAAUAUUUGUCCAUAAAUCUAUCUUAAAAAUUAGAUGUGAGCAUUUUAGAUCUAUGUUUCAGUCGCACUGGGGAGAAGAUGAAAAAGACACUAUUGACAUCACUCAGUUUUCAUAUCCUGUGUAUCGGGCAUUUUUGAAGUACUUAUAUACUGAUGAAGUUGAUUUACCUCCUGAAGAUGCUAUUGGUCUUUUGGAUCUUGCCAAUUCAUAUUGUGAGGUGCAAUUAAAACGACAUUGUGAAUGCAUUAUCAAGCAUGGUAUCACUGUAGAGAAUGUUGCAAUGCUUUAUGCUGCUGCAAUAAAAUAUACUGCAAAGGAAUUGGAAGAUUUUUGUUUUGGAUUUGCCUUAAAUCAUCUUACUGCUGUUGCACAAACUGAGGCAUUUAAUAAACUUGAUGAGCCUACUUUGAAAAAUUUCAUAUCUAAAGCUGCUCGUCAUGGAGCAUUUAAGUACUGACAAAGAGUUGGAACUAGGCUUUUAAAAUACAUUUGAAAAAGAACCUUAAACAAGUUGAAAAGAAGAUUUAUUUUAUGCUUUUUGAAUGAAGUUUUUAAGUUUCUUGUGAUAUGCUGGUACAUACAUUCAAUCAAGCCUUGAAACUAUUAGUUGCAUCUCUAUAAAUGACAAAAGUACAAACUUAGUAAACAUUAUGGUGUGGUACUUAAAGCUUAUUGCUGACUUCAUUUUGAAGGAAAUUCAUCUUUUAUAAGUCUAUUUGUCGUGUGUAAUAAAAAAUGUUCUUUUAAGAGCCUGGUUCCAGAGGAAAAUAUGUUGAUCAUAUAAGUAAUAGUGAA